CAGUAUCUGCAGGAAGCAGUGGAAAGCAAAGCCGUCAACGAGGAUAGAAAGAAUUCAUGCCGAGGCAUCAAAGUUCAGGCCAUGGAAAUAACACUGAAGGGUUUCCCACUAAAGGUGGUGAAUAUUCCAUGGAGGAAUAAUAACCUCAGCACUCUGCAUACAGAGACUCCUCUCUCUGAACAAGGAGAAACCAUCGUUGGAGUCUACCUGUUAGUGCUGGGAUGGCUUUCAUGGUUUGGAAACAGUCUGGUGAUAUUUGUACUGUACCGCCAGCGGGCCUUACUCCAACCAACAGAUUUCUUCACCUUAAACCUCGCCAUUUCUGAUGCCAGCAUCUCGGUGUUUGGCUACUCACGAGGAAUUCUGGAAAUCUUUAACAUCCUGAAAGAUGACGGGUAUCUGAUCACAUGGAUCUGGACUUGCCAGGUAGACGGCUUUCUCACGCUGCUCUUUGGUCUUGUGAGCAUCAACACCUUAACAGUCAUCAGCGUCACCAGAUACAUCAAGGGAUGCCACCCGCAAAAAGCACACUGCAUUAGCAUCAACACCAUUGCAAUAUCCCUCAUUUUCAUUUGGACUGGAGCACUUUUCUGGUCUGUUGCGCCGUUGCUGGGAUGGGGCAGCUACGCAGAUCGGGGUUAUGGCACCUGUGAGGUGGACUGGUCCAAAGCCAAUUAUUCCACCAUCUACAAGUCUUACAUAAUCUCCAUUCUCAUCUUCUGCUUUUUCAUCCCUGUGAUCAUCAUGCUCUUCUCCUACAUAUCUCUUAUAAAGACUGUAAAAUGCACAAAUGCAAUGUCCGCUGAUGGUUUUCUCUCUGCGCGACAAAGGAAGAUGGAAAGAGAUGUCACGAGGAUUUCAAUAGUAAUCUGCACUGCUUUCAUCAUGGCCUGGUCACCGUACGCGGUGGUUUCCAUGUGGUCGGCCUGGGGUUUCCACGUACCCAGCACCACUAGCAUCGUCACCCGCCUCUUCUCCAAGUCUGCCAGCUUCUACAACCCACUCAUAUACUUUGGCAUGAGCUCCAGAUUUCGCAAGGAGGUUUCACUGCUGUUUCCAUGCAUUCCGGAGAGCAGGGAAGUGGUGCAUCUGCAACACUUUAGAAACAUUAAACCAAAAGCUGAGAACUUGCUCCAAGACACAUCGCUUCCUGCCCAAAGACCAGAGGUGAAAUAUUUGGCAGGAGAGCCAAACGGGUCCAACCCUGACUGUGACUCAGGGGUCAACAGUCCUCCUGAGACUCCUCCUGAGAUCUUCCACAUCCAUGUGCCCUCACACACUGAAACAUCAGAGUAUUGGUGUGACAGACUCUAAGACUGUUUUAAACCAGGAGUAUAAGGGUGGGAUUGACUGUUUUUUGUAUUUUCUUCAUCUUACCCAUCUUUAUAAACAGAUGUACCCAUGUUUAUCAUCAGAAUGUGUGCUAAUAAACAUUUUUUAAAGG